AUGUGGAUGCAUCAUGAAAAUGUUAAAAUAUAUACAGUUCCUACCUGGCGUGCAUUUAAGAGGAAGGUGGGAGCAAAAAGUACAUUUCUUGCAAAGGGCGUGAAAAUACCUUGCAUCGGAACGAGACGUUUCCAGAGCCACCCCGCCGCCGCGCUGGCCGGGGCAGAAGCCCGGUUGCCCACCGCCAACUCUGCCGCCCUUAAUAAUGGAGACGUUAAAGGGGAGAGCCCUUUCUGCCGGCCGAAAGGCGAGAACUCGCGCGCCCUGCCCCAGGGCCGGCACGCGUGUGCCGCGCCACGGGCGUGGGUGGCGGCUGGGGGCGGCUGGGGGCGGCGAGUGAUAAAACCGGGAUUAAUGCGAGUGCUCGCCGCAGACGUGGCCCCGCGGCACGCCAACCCCUGGCCCUCCGGCGGCCGGGCGCCCCGGGGGCGCAGCUGCACGCCGCCGCCGCCACCGCCGCCGCCGCCGCCUCCGCCACCCCCGCUUCUUACGCCGUUUAAUGGCCCUAGUUGGCCGGGGGCGGCGCCGCUGCCGCCUCCAGCAUUGUUCGCGGGCGCCGCAACGCCCCCGCGGCCCACAAAGGGCGGCCGACAGGACGGCGCCGCCCGGGAGGACCGCGCGCCGCAUUCAGCGGGGCGGCGCCGCUGCAGUUAUAAACGACGACUUCGUGCCGCACCCACUACCGCCUGCGAUGGCCGGUGCACGGCGUUUGCCAGGAAGCAACUCCUCCUUCCGUCGUAG